GCCCUGUGGGCUGGACGACUCUUAAAUGAAGGAAGUGGCAAAGUUCCGCCUAGGUCAUGUGAACCUGCUGUCUUGGGUUCUGUCGUCUAGAGUCAAGGGUUUUGGGAGUCGUCUGCUCAGGCUCCGGAAACCGAGGACCGUCGCAGGACGUCCGGGAUCCGCCAUGGGUUUGGUGUCAUUUGAGGACGUAGCUGUGCGCUUCACCUGGGAGGAGUGGCAGGACCUGGACCCUGCUCAGAGGACCCUCUACAGGGACGUCAUGCUGGAGAACUACAGCAGCCUGGUGUUCCUGGGUGAGUCCGAGUCCCACUUCAGCCUCAGCAAAUACUUUUUCCUUGUUAACAAGCCCAGAAAUCAUUGCUCACUUUAG